GCAUGGAACUAUCGUAAAAGUACAGGCUGGAAUUCACAGUAGAGUAUGUUAUUGAUCGGUCGGGCCGAAUGCGCCAGCGCAGCGGGAUCCUGGGGGCGAUAGAACAGUAGCGAUCUACCCUCAUUCAUGUUCCGUGCGGUGCUCUAACACCAUCCUAACGGUCUUUCAGUGUUGAUAUUUCGACACUGGCAAAGUGUCGUCGCGUGUGGCGAAUAUGUCCGGCGACAGGGACUAUAUCGGAUUUGCAACCUUACCCGAGCAAGUGCACAGAAAAUCGGUUAAAAGGGGGUUCGAGUUCACCCUGAUGGUACUGGGAGAGAGCGGACUUGGGAAAUCCACCUUGAUAAACAGUCUGUUUCUUGGAGAUCUUUACAAAGAACGACGCAUACCCGAUGCCGCAGAACGCAUUGAAAAAACAACGACGAUAGAGAAGAAGACGAUGGACAUCGAAGAACGCGGUGUCAGAUUACGUUUGACAAUUGUUGAUACACCAGGAUUUGGCGAUGCGGUGAACUGUGAAGACACUUGGAAAGCGUGCUCGGCCUACAUAGACGAACAGUUUCGGCAAUAUUUUACUGACGAAAGCGGACUAAACAGGAAGAACAUUCAGGAUAACCGAGUACACUGUUGUUUAUACUUUAUCCCUCCUUACGGUCACGGACUCAGGCAGCUCGAUUUGGAAAUACUCAGACGAUUGCAUCGUAAAGUGAACGUUGUCCCCGUGAUAGCGAAGGCGGAUACACUGACUACGUACGAAGUGAAGAAAUUGAAAGAUCGCAUCCUUGCUGACAUCGAAGAACACGAAAUUCAGAUAUACCAGUUUCCGGACUGCGACAGUGACGAAGACGAGGAAUUUAAGCAACAAGAUAAAGAGCUUAAGGCGUGUAUUCCAUUCGCUGUGGUCGGCAGUUCAACGGUGCUCGAAGUUGCGGGAAAGAAGGUCCGUGGUCGCCAAUAUCCCUGGGGAGUAGUAGAAGUGGAGAACCCGAAGCACAGUGAUUUCGUCAAACUAAGAACGAUGCUGAUAUCGACGCACAUGCAAGAUCUCAAAGAUGUUACGCAGGAUGUGCAUUACGAGAAUUUCCGAGCGCAAUGCAUUUCCCAAAUUUCCCAGCAAGCGAUUCGGGAACGGAGGUAUUUACGCAUCAAACUGAAGAGAGACUCGGGACCGCAUUUCGAAAAUAGUAUAUCCGACACGGACCGUUUACUCUUGCAGAAGGACGAAGAGAUAAGAAGAAUGCAGGAUAUUCUCGCGCAAAUGCAAGAAAAGUUAAAAGCGACAGGACAAGUCGGUCCCGGCAUCGGCUUGAGAGGAAGAGUUGGUAGUUUGGGAAACGAUUUGGAUGCCACGGACGUCGAGAAGAAACGCAACAGUAUUAUAGAUGUUUAAAUCCUCAAAUUAUCACUACGAAUUAGUCGACCAGUAUUCCAGUUGGUUCUACGUGAAUACGCACAAGAUUGUUAAACUACGUAUUUAAAGAAACGAAACCAAAGAAUUUUAUACGCCACUGUACGUAUAAGUGAUGUAACGUUAGUCGGACUAACUGUUAGGAGAACAGUCGGGUUUAUGAGUCGAUUUAUUUACGCUAGGUUUACACUUUUAUAUGUAUGUAUGUAUAUUACUCAAACUAUCGUGUCUCUACAACAGUAUUUGAUAUCUCACGCGCACUUGUAUAAGCAAACGAUAAUUGUACUGUACAUAUAAAGGGUACGGAAAGAAGAAUAGCGGGAACAAAUAAAAAGAUUGCCAGAGAAACAACGAGUUAGUUAGUUAAAUGUUUAUUGGAGGGGCGACCUAUUGUCCGUUGCUCAGGAGUUGGCGAGGCAGCUCAAUUGGCUGUCGCGUAACGGCGACAGCUCUACUCGCACGCGUUGGUAUAAGAGCUGG